UGAGUGUAGGCUCGCUAGAGGUCGCGGGGUGUGCGCGGCGCUCCUUGCGCGCAAUCAAUACCCUGCGCAACCCGCGUCGUGCCUGAAGGCUCGCCUGUCACCCUCCGUAACGUCAGCAGAGCGCCUGACGCUCGAACCUCGCGCUCAACGUUAUCAUAAAACAGCCGUAUUCGAUAAAGAAAUGUCCACUCUGAAUACGGACAUCGAAUCUUUUCAAUAGCGUCACUAACGCUUGCGGCCGCGGCGUGAUUUGACGAUGUCCGCACUCUGAUAUUUACAUGUUAAAUUACGAAGAUGCAUCUUCACUUCGAGAGAAACGUGAAUGCGAAAUGUGACUGCACCAUAUUGUCGCUGUCGUGGAUGGGCAAGGUGCCCGACGAACUUCCCGAGGAAGAGGGAUGGAAACUGAACCGUAAUAAUUACUAUCAAGAAGGCUGGCUGGCUACAGGCAACGUGCGCGGUGUUGUUGGAGUCACGUUCACAUCAUCACACUCACGACGACCGCAUGAACUUCCUCUACGGACCAAUUACAAUCUACGGGGACACAGAUCAGACGUAAUAUUAGUUAAAUGGAAUGAACCGUACCAGAAGUUGGCGUCGUGCGACAGUUCCGGAGUGAUAUUUGUGUGGAUCAAAUAUGAAGGCCGUUGGAGCAUUGAGCUCAUCAAUGACAGAAGUACGCCGGUCACCCAUUUCUCUUGGUCUCAUGAUGGAAGAAUGGCGCUUAUUUGUUACCAGGAUGGGUUUGUGUUGGUCGGUUCUGUCGCCGGACAGAGAUACUGGUCGUCAAUGUUAUCACUAGAUGCGAGGAUCACUAGCGGUUGUUGGACUCCUGACGAUAACCAAGUGUAUUUGGGCACCGCUUCUGCUCAGCUUGUCGUCAUGGACGUUCAUGGAGCAAUGGUAUCACAGGUACAACUGGUCGCGGAAGGUGGCAUUACGUCAAUGGCAUGGUCGUGUGAAAAAUUUAAAAUGGAAGAAGGAGAAGACGGUUCCGAGAACAACGGGGGUCACGUGUUAGCUGUUGCGCUUGGUAGUGGAGAGAUCGUGCUUCUACGUGGACACGAUGACGUUAGUCCAGUGAGGGUGCAGACUGGGAUCCGGGGGAACACGCUCGCAAUGGAAUGGGCUAAUUCAAAAGAACUCUUGGCAGUUGCCGGCACUUUGGGAGCUGAUAUUGAUGAUUCUGCCGACUCACCACCUUAUAAGAACAUAGUGAAGUUCUACUCAGACACGGGAGUGCUUAUUUACACUGUACCGAUUCCUUUUACGCAGGCGCGUGUGACGGCCCUGACGUGGGGUCACGCGGCUAGACGGCUGUUUGUGGGCGUUGGCGGCGGCGUGUGCACGGCCCGCGUGUGGCGCGUCGUGGCGCCGCUGCAGCUGCUGGCGCGCGUGCGGGCCGCCCAGGCGCUGCGACACCCGCGACUCGCCGCCAGACUGCCGCUACCGCCGCGUCUUCAACCCGCAUUGCACAACCUCUUCUCGCACACUAUCAGAUGCAACGUUCCGGAAAUGAGUGACCUGCGUCGUUUCGUGUCCCGCCCCCCGGCGACAGGCGCGAGGUUGCACUGUACCAUGCUGCGUCACGACGACGAGGAGCCCGGGGCCUACACGCUGUACCUCGAACACCUCGGCGGACUCGUGCCGCUGCUCAAGGGCCGCCGAACCAGCAAGAUACGACCAGAGUUCGUUAUAUUCGAUCCGCAGGCCGAAGGUCAAGUGACGUCAUCGAUGCCAGUCCGCGAGAGCAGCAGCAGUAGCAGUAGCGGCGGCACCGGGAGCUCGUCCAGCGGUGAACUGCGCGCCUCGCCCCGCCCCCCGCGCGCCCUCCACGACACCACACACACUUCCUCGUCCGAUACAGAACGCGAAGAAGGGUGCUCCGGAUCUCCACGGCUGCAGAGACGCAGGCGGGCUCGGGAACGACGGAAAGUACGCGCCGCGACCGAGAAAGAUGAGCCGCCCGAUGAACUAGCAUACAUCGACUCAUUACCCGAAGAUGUUCGAUUAGUGGAAGUCACGUCUAAUAUUUGGGGAACAAAAUUUAAAAUGCACGGAUUAGCGAAAAACGUUCCGGCGAAUUUAGGUCAAGUCACGUAUAAGACAUCUCUAUUGCAUCUCCAACCGAGACAGAUGACGCUCACGAUAACCGAACUGAGAGACGAUUAUCCCGUCGGACCUGAUCCCUCCUUCAACCCUAACAUAUUCUCCGAGGACGAAGAGGAAGUUUUUCAUUCGAAUGAUUCUAAUGAUUCCCCGUCACACACCAACAAUAAUAUCAGGAGGAAGCUGACGCUAAGUGAGAGGAUAAAUAACACGAACAACCUCAUUAACCAGAGUGAGAUUUAUAACCCAAACAAUAAUACGUCGGUCCCGUCUCUCGCGCGAGCCGAAUCUUACGAUGAGUUCCCGUACAUCGACACCACGGACGCCGUCAACAACGUCCCCGAGAGCGUCUACACGGCAGCCGUACGCGGCUCAGAGCGUCGGAUCAACAGUUCCGCAGCCGUCUCCGGCCGACACGCGAUCUCCCCGCUGCGCUGCGAGAGCUCCGUACCCACGUUGCAGUCGCCCAAGAACGCCGUCGCCCCAACCGACAUCAUUUUCGAACGACCGUCCCCGCAGACUGUGUCGUGCGGUGGUCGCGGAGACUUCUGCGGAGGACGUACCGAAUACACUGUCCGCACCGACUCGACCGGUCUCAAGGGAAACUUGAGCGCCAUUGAGCAACAACCUUACGGCCUCAACCUAGGACUCGAGCCGAGUCGCCAGGUCACGAUCAAAAAGUGUGAUGGCCUUGUCACCGAUAAUUGUCUGUCGAAGCUGCGAAAAAACAUUUGCGGGAGAAACGAAACCUCUGAUAUGAACACAAGAAUCUUAAAGUCGCUCUGUAACAGAACCCACGAGCAUGACGUGCAUCCGGACGUUGUGAGUCGACGUGGCGACCCAAACAAGACUGGACAACGGAAUGACGAACUCCGGUACAUCGAUGAGGAACCACCCGUGGAGCCUCUACCUCCGCGCGUCUCCCGCACGACCACCGUGGUGCCCAUCAGCCCCGCGUGUGCGCCGUUACCUGUUCGAGAUACCAUGACACGGAGCUGCAGCGUCGGUUACCUUGACCUUGUAGAUCCGCUGCAUGCACACGUCAGCGUAGCAGCGCUGCGCGGUGAACCUCCGCGACGUCUCGUGCUUGUCAACACACGGCGACGGGCACGCCCUCGCCGACAUCUGCGCCAUGCAGACUCUCGUCUUCCCGAAGGCGAGGCUCCGACUUUACGGCGCUGUGGUAAAUCUCGAAGCCUUGACUCGAGCGAAAUGACCCUAUCGGUGGAACGUAGCCGACGGGUUGUUCGAGCCGAAGUGCGGCCUGAGGUACCAACACUUGCACAACGCCCGAGUGCGGCGAAUGAGGACACAAGAACAGACGAGGUGGGACGUCGCCUCUCUGUGUGCACGGUUUGCAGGCUAGGAGUGAACGGGGAUCGCGGGGCGGGGCCAAGGCCUUACGUGUGCGUGACGUGCAGCGCGCGGGCUUCUCCUCAACGCGUCCCGGCACCCCCCUCCCCGGCACCCCGCCCGCGGGUAUCCGCCACCGACAGCGACUCCGACUACAGCAAGUAUUAUAGUUCACUUGAACAGCUUGCAUUGAGACUGCUGGCUGUGCGGGGUGCGCGGGGGUCGAGCGCGGCGAAGGACGAGGCGGGUGGGGAGGCGGGUCGCGGCUCGAGCUCGGCGCCGGCGACACCGCGUGCCGUCCGCUCGCAGCCCGCCUCUCCCGCGCCCCGCACGCCGCCCCGCCGCCAACGAUAUUCUUCGGCCUCACCAAUAAGGCAACUGUUGAACUCGCCUCUCCUGAAUCGGAGAAGGAAUAAGAAGCAGUCGGAGAGCUCAGACGACGAAUACCCCAACGGCUACAACGAGGUCAACAGUAAAAACUACAGGGACCUGGAGAGCUUCCAGAAAGCGCAGCUUAGGAACAAAUUGAAACGCGGUGGAAAUCCAGCGUCCGGAAAUAAUACUGGCGAGUCCCGUAACAACAAUGCGAGACGCCAGCUAAUAAUGCACAACAAAGCCCCCAUGUGGAACGAAAACAGUCAAGUGUAUCAGCUUGACUUCGGAGGACGUGUCACUCAAGAAUCUGCUAAAAACUUUCAAAUUGAAUACCACGGCAAGCAGGUGAUGCAAUUCGGUCGGAUUGACGGCAACGCUUACACGCUUGACUUCCAAUAUCCAUUCUCAGCGCUGCAGGCCUUCGCUGUCGCUCUAGCAAACGUCACACAGCGACUCAAAUAGAUUUACAUAAACCGAAAAUCUUAUGUCCCUGUGCUUGAAAAAAUAACAAACAACAAACCUGAAAAAAGAUAUUAAGAAGUAAAUCCCAUCCAUAGUUAUUUUUACAGAAGCUUAGAUAGGUACGCUUUGUAUGAAAUUCAUAGCUGAAUCCUAUGGAAUCGACCUUGUUCUUUGGAAUGUUUAUCGAUAUUUGUCUUAUUAAGGUUAUUUAUAUUUAAAAUACUAAAUAGAAUUUUAGAAGACUAUUUUCACAUAAACACAUUCACUUAAUGUUAACUGUAAAUUAUGGGCCUAUAGCCUAUAAUAUAUUUAUUUCUAUUUUGAAAUAAUUAAUUAAGUACAAAAAUAAUUGUUGAUAUUUGGUUAGGAAUUUCUAAAUGGCACUGCAGUAGUAAAUUCUGUAAUGGCAUAAAACGUUUGUAUUAUCAUUAAUUAUUUAUUAUUAUUAUGAUUAAUUAGUUAUAAUUAUUUUAUUAGGAACCUAAAAAAAAACCGUGGCCUUAGUAAAGUUCUUUGUAACGGUUUGCUUUAGUCCAUUUUGUAACGAAUUUAAUACUUUUUAUUAAUUUUUAACGAUGAUUGACUGUUAAAACUACUUUUUAUUGAUAGACUUCAACUUGUUGUCCUCUAGCUUUAUUCAUUGAAGUGAUGAGUUCAGCCGUGAAACUGAGGUUAUGGAAAACUAAAAUUAUUUAUCAAGAUGCGUUACUAACACAAGUAACACAGUGUUCGUUAUUAAUGUUGCCUUUGAUUAUUUAUCCCUCACAAAUCUAAAUGGUGCAGUUUGGUUAUUUGAGUAGGUACAUACUUACUGUUUAAAUGAAGUUCUUUUUCUAGUUGUUUUGUUAACAAUGAUGUUUUCUUACAAUAACGAACCAGAUAUGGAAUUUAAAAAAACGAGGUCGUAUUAGGCAUCUAUUGUAAUUUUAUAAAUGUGCUAGUUUGAGCACAUUCUAAUUAAAAAUACUUAAUUAUUAUCAAAAUAUGAAUGUUGUAUUGUGUGUGUUAAAUAACUCUUUAAAUUAAAAAUCGUUGUCAAAUGUUUAUUGUUCUGUACUACGUGUUUUGAUAUUGUUUCAAAUAAAAUAAAACUAAUAAAAGUUACUUGAUAUUAAAUGGUUUAUUAAGUAACAAAUAAAUGCUUAAGGUUCUUUGUAUGUCAUUUUAGUUUCGUAAUAAACUUUGUAUGUUUGUUAAGUUUUUAAAUAUUCAAUUCGAAUAGAUUAAUACUCCUAUUUUUGAAUAUUUUGUAGGUACUUAUUUCGUAUAUGGCUACAAAUAUUUGCUAAUGAAACGACAUUGUUGUAUCGUUCAAAAAUUUGGAAUUAUAUUUCGUAGGAUUUCUCAAACCAAUAAUGAAAGUACCUACCUAUCGAAAAAUAUUUAAUUACAUAUCUUUAAAGGUCAAUACGAAGUUGUUGAUAUUAUUUUGAAUUACUUAAGACUGCACUGAUAAUAUUUUUUUAAUUAUAUAUUUACUUACGUGUAAGAUAUUAUGUUUAGUAUGUUCGUGGCGUAUUAUUAAAUAGGGAAAAAAUUAUUACAUCGCAAGAUUUAAAAACGUUAGGUUUGCUCAAAAUAAUAACUCAAUUAUCUUUUGAAAAUGCUGAACGAGAAUGUCUCAAAAUGAGUUUUUAUUAAUAAAUAUAUAUUAAAACAAAGUCAUAAUAGAAUCAUGCAUACCUACAUAAUAAAAAAUCCUAGUUGAAGUAGCUUACGGCAGAUGCUUUUGCGUUCUGUUUACUGUUUUGAUUUUAGCAAAAUUGUAGUUUUAAAUAAAAAUCUAUGUACUAA